AUCUCGUGUUCGAAAAAACGCCAAGAAAUGAAAUUUAUUGUUUUUAUUUUUAUUCAAAGAAUUCUCAGUUCUAAUGAUCAGCUGGUGUGUGAUAAUAGGAAUAUUAUGAAGGCUCUUUAGUAGUACGACURGAUCCAACGAGACCGAGAGAAAUAAUAGAUGCAAAGCUUCCAUCAACUGAACGAACACUGAUCAAUGGUAGCAUUUAAAAAAUGCAUGACUUAAAAUUUUCGUAAAUUGUAUAGUUUUUUGGCGAUUGUUAUAUGAUUUAGUGAUUUGAAACUACGAUGGAAGGAAGCAGCGACACCGUUGAAGGCAAAAGCAUUGAGGAAUUACUGUUGAAAAGCAGAGAAGACGAUGGGAUUGACUCCAAGUCCAAUGAGCAGGACGAGGACAGCGUGGGGGAUUCAGACGUUGAAAUUGAUGACGAUUUGAAUGAAGACUUGGAGAGUGUUGAAGGAGACGAUGAAAUCGAGGAAGAAGAAUGCGCAGAAAAUGAAAACAUUGAUGUAGAAACUACUGAAGCAACAACCAGUAGUAAAGGCAAAAAAAUGGUGAAAAAUAUCAGUGGGAAGAAAAGAAAGAGGAAAAGAAAGGACAACACAAAGAGAAGGGAUAUUCGAAAAAUUUUGGACGAAUCACAGUUGGAGAAAGAAACCCUCCAUGCACAAUUGGAAGAAAAGGAGAGAUUAAGGAGACUUGAAUUGCAAAAAAGUCUGGCUACUGAAAUGAGUCCUGCUUUAACUAAAGAUGCACAGGACAACUUGGUGUCCACUGAAAAUGCAAAUGAGCCUUCAAGAUCAAUUUCUCCAAUGGUGGUUGACUUUCGUCAAAAAUCCAAACAACACUCCCAUGUCAUUGUAAUUGACAGUGAUGACGAUAACUCAGGUGGUGUUCAAAAACAGCAAGAAAUUGAAAUUAUCAGUUCUGAUUCUGUUAGCUCGUCAUCAGAAAGUGAUACAGAUAAUAGCGAUAUUGAUGAGAAUAAUGUUGGCAUGCAUUCAGAUGACACCUAUAAUGUGCCAAAUUCUGACGGCAAUGUGGAAGUCAAUAUUAACCACCCUCUUUAUGAAGAUGACAUUUAUUUAGCACCACAGAUUGCGAAGCACGUCAAGCCUCAUCAGAUAGGAGGAAUAAGAUUUCUGUAUGAUAAUUUAGUGGAGACCCUUGCACGAUAUAAAGUUAGUUCAGGCUUUGGAUGCAUCCUUGCACACUCAAUGGGCCUUGGUAAAACACUUCAAGUCAUAGCAUUUGUAGACAUUUUCUUACAGCAUACUCCAGCAAAGAAAGUAUUAUGUGUAGUGCCAAUAAACACAAUCCAGAACUGGUUGGUUGAGUUUAACAUGUGGCUUCCCCCAAAACCUGAAAUUGUUGACCAAGAGAACAAAAACUCAGAAUCUGAGGACAGCACGAAUGAAAUAAGAUAUCGUAAUUUCACUGUGUAUCAACUUGCCGACAACAAUAAAACUACAAUAGCAAGAGCCAAGAUAAUAGGCGAGUGGAAUCAAAAUGGUGGGGUGUUGUUAAUUGGCUAUGAGUUGUAUAGAAUAUUGGCCAUGUCCACACCCUGUAUGGCGAGUAAUAAAUGUGCACCACCAAAGAGAAAGAAGUCCAAUACUUCAUCUUCAGGAGGGAAUCAAGAACCUGAAGUGAUUGACUUGGAAGAGGAGGAGAAGAACAUGGACUUCUUGAUAGGUAUACAAAAUGCUUUGUGCAAACCUGGACCUGAUUUGGUGAUCUGUGAUGAAGGGCACCGCAUCAAGAAUAACCAAAGUAAUAUUUCACAGGCUCUAAAGAAAGUCAAGACCAGGCGGCGAGUAGUCCUUACUGGCUACCCACUUCAAAAUAACUUGAUAGAAUACUGGUGCAUGGUGGAUUUUGUCCGGCCAAAUUUUCUUGGCACAAGACAGGAGUUUUCAAACAUGUUUGAGAGACCUAUUUUAAAUGGACAGUGUUCUGACAGUACACCAUCGGAUGUCAGAUUAAUGAGAUACAGAGCUCAUGUACUUCACAGCCUCUUGGAAGGAUUUGUUCAAAGGAGAAGUCAGUCGGUGCUAAAGAAGUGUCUGCCUUUCAAGGAAGAGCACAUCAUCCUGGUCAAACUGUCGCCAAUACAGUCACAGCUCUAUAACUCCUAUAUCAAGUUUCUUCUUGACUCAGUAGGGCACCUGAACCCUAUCAAAGGAUUUCACACAUGCACAAAGAUUUGGAAUCAUCCUGAUGUGUUCUUUGCUAACCUUGAACCAAAGAAAUAUGGAAUGAGGAAUGAAUCACCAUUGACAUUGCUGGACAAUGACACAGAGGAUGGGACAUCUCAGGAGGUUAAUUCAAACAUGGAUCCUGCUUUGAUGUUUUCAGUCUUACCUCCACAAGUACUGCAACAAGACCCUUACUCUACGACAAAACCUACACCUGUUGGUCUUGCUUGGGCUAAAGAUAUAAUGAAAGAUUAUCAGCCAUUCAUAGAAGAACAAGGGGGAAAGAUAGUCAUCUUGAUGGAAAUCCUUGAGGAGAGUUUGAGUCUUGGAGAAAAAGUGCUUGUUUUUAGUCAAAGUUUAUCCACUCUUUGUAUUAUUGAAGACUUCUUGUCUAAACGAGACAUUCCACACUUCCCUGGAAGAAACACACAARAUGAUCCAACCAAAUGGGCAAAAAACAAGAGUUAUUUCAGGCUUGAUGGCAGCACUCCAUCUCAGGAGAGAGAUCGCCUCAUCACUGCAUUCAAUUCACCAGAUAACGCCGACGUACUGUUGUUCAUGCUAUCCACAAGGGCAGGCUGCCUAGGGGUUAAUCUCAUCGGAGCAAGCCGUGUAGUAGUGUUUGAUGCCUCAUGGAAUCCUUGUCAUGAUGUACAAGCUGUAUGCAGGGUGUAUCGUUACGGCCAGAAGAAACCAUCACAUAUUUACAGACUCGUUAGUACUGGAACAAUGGAGAAGAAGAUUUACGACAGACAAGUGUCUAAACAAGGCGUUGCAAAUCGAGUUGUAGAUGAGCUCAAUCCCGAAGCCAACUUUACCAAACAAGAAAUAAUGUCAUUGAUUUGUGAUAAGGAACCAGAUGUCCAGGCAGAGGAUGUCGCAUCCGCUGCAAACAAGUUUUCUGAUCUAGUUUUAAAGCGAAUCUGCAGGAACUGUUCUAAUUGGUUAUCCAAGGUCCCCUUCAAGCAUGAAUCACUCCUAGUCGAUAAGAAAGAAUUAAAGCUCACGAAAAGGGAGAAGCGAGAAGCGAAAAAAGGUUAUGAGAGAGAGAAGAACAUGGCACAGCAAGGAGGUCGGUACAACUACAAUCCAACAGAACCAAAAAGGAUCCCACCAGCAGUUCCACCUCUGGGUAAUAUAAUCAGACCUGUCGCAGCUGCCUACCCAAUGCAGUCAGCCCAGCCAACUGUUAUGACGUCCAUCACUCAGAGAACUCAGUCCCAAGCCUUCGCAUUUAACCUACCACAGGUUUCCAUGGGAUCAAAUCAGUAUCGUUUCGCUUCUCUCAAUCAUAAUGGUUCCACAAAUCCAAUCCAGUUACGGGCACUCUUGCCAAGUAUGGGAAUCAGCAGGUCGGCGAAUCCGUCUCUAAGRAUGCCAAUCAAUCCUGUUGCCAUGUCAACGAGCGUGACCAAUUCACUUGGAUCUCCGCUCAUUUUCCCCUCACAAGCGGCGAUUUUGGCCAACGCAAACCAACAAAUUAUGCAAGCUGGGACGAACUUUGCCUCAAAUCUUGUGUCUAGUUUGCCUGGGAAUCUUACCAAUGGCAAUAUCAUGUCAAAGACGAGUGUGGGUUGUGGACUCCCCUUGGUGUCAUCUGGUCAAACAAGGCCUCGAACCAAUGACGUAGUGACUAUAGAUUUAGACGAUGUACCGUCCCCCCCGGAAUACGUUGAAUCUCAAAACGAUACGACGAACAAACUACAAGGACAGGAACAUCGCAAGGACAAUACUCGUGCGAAACAGACCAGCAGCACUGCAGAGUCGCUAAAAAGUUGUGAAUCAGAAUCGAUGGCAUUCGACCAGCAACCAUUCGUAUCCAUGGAAACUUCUGAUAAAAUCCUUGCGAACCACGUGAAUACUUCAACAUUUGCUUCCAUGGCAACAGAGAAUGUGGUUAAUGCCGGCUACUCAAGUGAACCUGUUGCCAUGGGGACAGGCGUAGCAAGAGGUGAUGACGCGUACACGUCAAUGAAUGAGUUACUAGGCAACGGCCUGCAGUCCCCUGCCAGGCCUGAAAGUAGUUCAACUACAGGAUUUACAGAUUCACAGCUGACUCUCGCUGUCCUACAAAAUCUACUGAACGCACGAGGUGGACUGGAUGCUAGUGCCAGUUCUCCCGAAGAAUCCACGCCGGACAAUUCUUCGUCAAGUACAUCCCAGUUGUAACACCAAACGAAAAUAUUCAAUUGGUGUAAUUGCUUGUAGAUAAGGACAGGACUUCAAUCAUUUUUUUUUUUUCUGAAUAUUUUUGAUUAAGAAGACGAAAGACCAUUCUGAUUUGAAGUGUUCAAAUUGGUUUAAUUUUUAAUUCGAAAGAAUAAUUGAGUUGUAUCUAUGUGGACACUCUUCUGUGUUCAAUGAAAAUAUUUUUUAAUUUAGAUAGGACCGCUCUUGAGUCUUAAUAAAACGCAAAUAACAGAGAAACUUGG